AUGGAGUGGCCUGCAAAUCUUCCCAUUUCCCUUAGCCUUUUUCCAUUAGCAGUCCUAUUCCUCCUACUACUCCUCCGAGCAAAGUCCAGCAAAAAACGGUAUCCUCCGGGGCCAUCAGGAUGGCCAAUAUUCGGGAACUUGUUCGAUCUUGGUUCAAUGCCGCACCGUACGCUAACAGACAUGAGACAGAAGUAUGGUCAUAUUAUUUGGCUAAGACUCGGUUCCAUGAACACCAUGGUAAUUCUAUCAGCUAAGGCUGCUACUGAAUUCUUCAAGAACCAUGACCUAUCAUUUGCUGAUCGCACCAUAACGGAAACGAUGCGUGCCCAUGACUACAAUCAAGGCUCCCUGGCCCUUGCACCUUAUGGUUCGUAUUGGCGAGUGCUCAGGCGGUUGGUCACUGUAGACAUGAUAGUACUCAAACGCAUCAAUGAAACAACUUAUGUACGUAGAAAAUGUGUUGAUGAUAUGCUGCAAUGGAUUGAAGAGGAGUCGUGUAGAGUUGGGCAGGCAACUGGAGUUCAUGUUGCACGGUUUGUGUUCUUGAUGACAUUUAAUUUGUUAGGAAAUCUCAUGCUUUCACGUGAUUUAUUUGAUCCAGAAUCAAAGGUGGGAUCUGAAUUUUUUGAGGCGAUGCUGGGGCUAAUGGAGUGGUCAGGGCAUGCUAAUUUGGCGGACUUUUUUCCAUGGUUGAGGUGGCUAGAUCUUCAAGGAUUGAGGAAAAAUAUGGAGAGGGAUCUUGGGAAGGCCAUGGAGAUUGCUUCCAGGUUUGUGAAGGAGAAGGUGGAAGAGAAGAAAGUGGCAAGUGAUUCGAGGAAAGAUUUCUUAGAUGUUUUGCUUGAGUUUAAAGGUACUGGAAAAGAUGAACCGGCCGAACUUUCAGACCGGGAACUCAACAUUUUUAUACUGGAAAUAUUUUUGGCCGGUUCAGAAACCACAAGCAGUACUAUUGAAUGGGCAUUGACGGAGCUCUUAUGCAACCCAGAGUCCAUGAUCAAGGUGAAAGCUGAGCUUGCUCAGCGUGCCUCCUAG